AUGGCCACACCGGUAUCUUACGCAGCCGCCGGCUCCAGCCUACGCUCCGCACAGCUCCAGUCGCUCCUGUCGCUCCUCAAUCUAAACAACCCCAGCUUCAGCCAUUCCUCGACUGCUUCGUCCGCACCAGGGUCCGCCUACACCUCGCGCCCCGGCUCAGCCUCCGGUGUGGAAGGUCCCGAUGCCAAGGGCCAGAUCGAGGUGCCCUCGGGCCCGCCCGUCUGGAAGGUCCUCGUCAUGGACAAGGUCAGCAAGGACAUCCUCGCCACCAGCCUCCGCGUCCAGGACCUCCGCGAGAACGGAGUGACGCUUCACAUGCAGCUCCAUUCCGACAGGCCACCGCUGCCCGACGUCCCCGCCGUCUACUUUGUGUCGCCCACCAUGGAGAACCUCAAGCGCAUCGCAGACGACCUCAAACGCUCUCUCUACGAGUCCUACUACCUCAACUUCACCUCGACGUUGCCUCGCCCCCUGCUCGAAGAGUUUGCCACCUAUGUCGCGCGCGACGGGACGGGCCAUCUCGUUCAGCAGGUCUAUGACCAGUUCCUUGACUACAUCGUCCUCGAGCCCAAUCUCUUUGAGCUGCUGCCGCCCUCGCAGCAGGCCACCUCCAGCUCGGCGCCAGCAAAGGCGAUUGUCGCAACGCCAAACGGGGGCGCACCCGCGUCCGAUCGGGUUCCUACCACGUAUGAGCGGCUCAAUGACCCAAAGAACGGCCAGACCGAGAUCGAGGCCGAGACGGAUCGCGUUGCCAAGGGUCUCUUCUCUACGCUGGCCACCCUUGGCACCCUCCCCAUCAUCCGCUCACCCAAGGGCAACGCCGCCGAGCUGGUGGCGCGGAAGCUCGAGUCGAAGCUGCGAGAGCACAUGACGAGCGCGCGCGGCGCUGGCAAUCUCUUCUCUGAGAGCACAUCGGGAGCUCAGUCGUGGAACACGUCCCGGCCGCUGCUCGUCAUCCUCGACCGCAACGUCGACCUGGUGCCCAUGUUCGCCCACUCGUGGACCUAUCAGGCGCUGGUGCAGGACGUGCUCGAGCUCAAGCUCAACCGAGUCACGGUCGUCUCGAGCGAAAAGGGGGUCAGCUCGAAGCGCACCUACGACCUCGACUCGAAGGACUUUUUCUGGAUCAAGAACUCGGCCACUCCCUUCCCCCAGGUGGCCGAGGACAUCGAUGCCGAGCUCAAUCGCUACAAGAGCGAUGCCGCUGAGAUCACGCGGUCGACGGGUAUCAGCAGCAUGGACGAAGUCGGGCAGCUGGACGCCUCGAGCAACGCGGCACACCUCAAGGCGGCCAUCACGGCGCUGCCGGAGCUGACGCAGCGGAAGCAGACGAUUGACGCGCACAUGAACAUCGCCACCGGGCUCUUGCAAGGGAUCAAGAGCCGCGGCCUCGAUACCUUGUUCCAGCUGGAGGAGGCCAUCCUGCGGCAGAAAAAGGAGACGAUCAUGGAGACGAUCAAGGAUCCGGCGCUUGAGUUGCCUGAGGACAAGCUGCGCCUGUUCCUCAUCUUCUACCUCUCGGCACCGGACAGCGCCAUGACCAAGGCGGAUGUCGAAGAGUUCGAAAAGGUGCUCAAGGAACAAGGCGCCGACCUGUCCGCGCUGCAAUACGUCAAGAAGGUCCGGGAGCUGACGAGGAUGACGAUGCUGGCGUCUGCACCUGCGCCGGCGCCGUCGAGCGACGGUGGUCAGCUGUUCCGGGGAUUCAGCUCGCUGAGCUCCAGACUGACGGAUCGGCUCAAGGACAGCGGCCUGGACCUCGUCGCAGGAGUCAAGAACUUCCUGCCCGCCCAGAAGGACUUUACCGUGACGCGGCUGACGGCUUCGCUGAUGGACCCGUCGUCGGCCAGCAGCCAAGCGCUGCAGGAGACGGACGAGUACCUGUUUUUCGACCCCAAAGCAGCGCGGGGCCGCAGCGGUAUGGCGGGCGGAGGCGUAAAGGCGCGGCAGACGUUCAACGAGGCCAUCGUCUUUGUCGUCGGGGGCGGCGGCUACGUCGAGUACGCCAACCUGAUGGAGUACGCGGCUCGCACGCCCGCCCAGCCGGGUGGCGGCGGCGGCGGCGGGCUUGGUGUGCCCGGUGCGUCGGGCGGUACGGGCAAGCGGAUCACGUACGGCAGCACCGAGAUCCUGCGGCCCAAUGAGUUUGUCGCGGCGCUGGCGGCACUCUCCAACGUGGGGUGA